AUGUCGUUCAAGGACCAAUGCAUUUACUGGCACAACUACUUCCGCACUCUCCAUCAGGUAAAUACCUGACUGAAAAGACGGUACCUGCUAAAAACUUUAAAUCAUCAACGAUGAGGCUUCAAGGAUUUAUGCACGUUUAUCAGCAUUGCAAAUUCAAAGGAUUUUUUUUUCUUGAAGAGACUAUCACAACCUUCUCGUACGAAGCAUAUCCCAGGAGUACUUUGUUUUAAGUAUGCCGUUUUUCAAACUCUUCUCAGAAAACUUUUAGGUUUCAUCUUAUCACGAAUUUCAAGACUACUACACAAUGUACUCUCUAUAACUAGAGAGAUCUCUGAAGAAACAUGUGCCCAAAAGUGAGUUAGUCGGCUUAUCGCCAAGAAAGCUUAAGUCCUUUUGAACCUUGUUUGAAUGAAUCGGUGAGAGAAAUUCUUGAUAAUGCAAGCUCAUAUAGAAAAAAAAAAUAUGAAUUUGCAAUGCUAAUAAACCUCUACCCAGAAAUCCAUUAGGCCUCAUGGUUCGAGUUUUGUACUUUUCAAAAGACAACGUUUUUUCAAUCAGGAGCAUAUACUUUCUCAUGGCUGUACGUUCCAGGUAAUGGUUGCUAACCAUCUUUUCGUUGAAGAAAUCGUAUCUUUUGGAAUGCAGGCGCUCACAGCUCACUAAGCAAACUUGCUGGCUGUAAACAUGAUAAACGUUACUCUACCGCUUCGAUUUCUUUAUGAAUAAAUCAUUCACAUCAGUAUAAACGCUUUUCUCCAGGUUCCUAAUGUCACGUGGUCAACAAGCCUUCAGAAAGAGGCAGAGGACUGGGUCAAAUAUCUGGCUGAAAACAACAAGUUUCAUCAUAGCCAAAAGAAUCCUGGGAAUUUAUACCUGUCCCAUCCUAACGAUUACCCCGCGGAGUAUUGUAGUGAUGCUAUACAGUGGUUUCAUUGGGAGGAAAAGUAUUAUAAUUACAGUAGACCCGGUUAUAGUCAAGCAGCGGGACACUUUACAACGGUACGUCAGGAGCAUUAUACAUACCCUUAAGAAGAUAUAUAAAAUGUAAAGAAACACAGGCUCAAUUAGUUUCGCUGCCAUUGUUGUUUUCAUCUUGCCAGGUAGUCUGGAGAAACUCAAGAGAAAUUGGGGCAGCGUGGGCCAUACGUAAAGACAAGAGGCUUGUUAUUUCUAUUAAGUACCACCCUGGAGGCAACUAUGUUGGGUACUUUAAAAAUAAUGUCUUCCGACCCGUCGCGACCGUACUUGGACCUGAAUGGCCAUAUCAUCCGCCCAGGUUUACAAGGUGCCCUGCAAAGUUCGUACAGCAGACAACAACCGCCGUUCCAACAACAACGCCGACCUCAGUGCCGAACACAACGCAGAUCACGUUGCCGAACACAACGCAGAUCACAGUACCAAAUACAACACAGAUCACUGUACCAACCACGUCACCAAGUAUGUGUCAUACGUUACAAACCACCGAUGCACCAUUAAGUCAAGAAAUAAUACAGUUAAAAGUUAACCGUGGCUCUAGUAGUGACAAAACAUUUUUUUUUUCAUUCUGGCGGUGUUGCUGUAUGAAAGAGUGUCUCUGACUUCGAGGUCUGUUUUGACAGCUUGCAUAUUGAAUUUGUGAAAGCUCUUUCAAGACCGGGAUCAAGUUAUUUAACCGUAGAAAAAGAAAGUUUUUGAAAUGCAUUUGUUUUUUUUUUUCGAGGGUUUUGUUUCGACUGUGUAAAUAGGUCCUUGCACGAGCUAAAGUUCAGUGAUGGUUUAUCAUGAUCAUCUUCAUCAUCAUCAACAUCAUCCCUGCCGCCACCAAAUCAUAGUCAUCACAUCAUUAUGAUCAUUGUUCCCAGUGAACAUGAUUUAAGAGCGGGGGAAAGUAUACUCAUCGCUGGCAGAGAUCCGCGGCUUGCGCAUUAACUUAUCAGAUAUUUCAAAAGGCUAGUCUGUCCUCUGCUGGGUUUGUAAUUUUUGAAAGCUAAGAGCGUCCUUUUACUGGGGUGAAGUAUGAGGUUUUAUAAAUAAUGACGAAUCGUUUUUAUUAAUGAAGCACUUUUUUGUUUCAGGUAAAGUACCAUUUAAAGACCAGUGUCUUUUCUGGCACAAUUAUUUUCGUACUCUUCAUCAGGUAUAAAUUUUUAAUUUCUUCUUUCCACUGCCCUUUUGAACACCUGCCACAAAUGAUAAAGAGACGCCAACAGUAUCCCUCCUUAUUUACUAGCAAUAUGACAUUUGCAGAUAUCGUCUUAAACCCAUUCGCCCUUAAGUGACCGCCUGUAUAACCCUCCCGUAAACCGCCCUUGCAGUUAAAUAGUUUGCUUACUAAAGGCUGGCACAUCAGUCUUCAGUUCCCUUCUUUAAAAAGUCAAACUUCACUGUAAAGAAAUGGUUGAUUGAUUGAUUGAUAAAGAUGGAGGCCAGGUUCAUUUUAUAAAAGAGUUUUUUUUUUCAUCCACUUAAGGUCCCCACCGUUACUUGGUCAAAGAGGCUCCAGAAGGAGGCGGAGGAUUUGUUGAAAAAUUUGACAGAAAAUGGUGGGAUUGAAAAGAGUUGCGAUUAUCAUGGAAAGUUAUAUUUGUCUCCGUAUGAAACAUACCCUGAGGAGUACUGCAGUACCGCUACAUGGUGGUUCCAUCAUGAGGAACAGUAUUAUAACUACAGCAAUCCAGGCUUUGUUAAGAAAGCGGAAACGUUUACUCAGGUAGGUCAUAUAUGUGCGCUGCAAAACGAUUAUACAUGAUCUUGAAAUUAAAGUUUGGAGUGAGGUGAUGAGUCUUGUUCUUUGUCUUUUACCCAAAACGGUGUCGCUAAAUCCAAUAAUUAAAACACAAUUAUCACAUCUCGAUUCAAAGUCCUCUUUUUCUGCAUUUUAUUCCAAAUCUGUCAUGAAGUAAGCGCUCCACGACCUCCAUUCACCGCUACCAAACAAGAGAAAUUUGCAAAAGCUUAGCAAAGUACCCAAAGGCUAAUGAUGUUCACUGUUAUAAGUUUAAGACUGGAAUCAAUUGCGGGAUUAGUGAGUGCGUCCGAAUGUUUACCUUUGGAAUUGCGGUUGCAGUGUGUCACUGAAGGGGAGAAGUUUGUCAAUUCAGUGAAAAAGGGGACGAGUUUAAUCGAAGAGAUGGACUUGACAGAGCCCUGUUCAGCAUGUAUCAGCGCAGUAGCUGUAGCUUUUUUAUUAAAUAUAACCCCAGUGAAAUGUACACUGAAUGUAAAAACGUAGUAUUAAUCAACAAAUUGUAUACUUUUAUUAACUUAUCGAACUGCGAAAACCUUUAAGGGACAUUAGACGUCAGUCUCCGGACAUAAAACAUCAGAGAUCGGACAUCAAACAUUGGACAUCGGACAACGGACAUUAGACAUCGGACAUCAGACAUCGAACAUCAGAUAUCGGACAUCAGACAUCAGACAUCGGAGAUCAGACAUCGGACAUAAGGCAUCGGACAUAAGACAUCAGACAUAAAUGAGAAAUCAGACAUCGGAAAUCGGACAUCAGACAUUAGACAUCGGACAUCGGAUAUCAAAGAUCAGACAUCAGACAUCGGAUAUCAGACAUCAGACAUCAGACAUCAGACAUCGGACAUCAGACAUCGGACAUCGGACACCGGACACCGGACACCGGAUAUCAGACAUCGGACAUCGGACAUCAAACAUUAGAGAUCAGACAUCAUACAUCGGACAUCGGACAUCGGACAUCAGACAUCGGACAUUGGACAUUAAACAUCAGGGCGGAUAAAACGAGCGCGUCCGAGCAAAAAGGUGUGAUGCAGUGGACUGGGACUCUGCUUAGAAAUGUCGCUUGUUUUCGACUUCGGUCAGGGCUUGCGAUGUGGUUUUUACAUUAGACACUGCCGCUGUCACUGAAUUAUGGCGGCUUGAUUUGUUUUCGUGCCCUUCUUCCUCGUUCCUUUGUGCUGGUACGCUGUCUCCGAGAGGAAAAUGUUGCUAUUUUCUUGCGGGAGGUUUAGUUGGAGUAGACAAACAUCUCUUUCAAAUUAAAGGGUUUCUUUUAUUACUUCCGUGACUCUACCACUGAAUUAUAUUUUCGUUCUGCUACUCGCCAAUGUCGAUGUUAUUCCAAAACAAAAACAACUAAGUACUGUCUAAAACACGAAGGAAAAUCUCAUCCAUGUCAUCCAUGGCAAAAAUAAAAGACCGCAGAUCGUGUUUCGUACCUAGAUGACGUGUAUUUUAUAAAUGCGUGCAGCUCGUGCAAGGUGCAAUUAUGCUAAUUUCAAUCACCAGCAUCCUUCUUUUUAAUUUUGAAAAAAACAUCUCAUACGUCUUUCUGUUUCUUCGAAACUUUAAAUUAGUUUCCCCUCAGUUUUUACUGUUUACCUUGUUUUGUUUUAGAGAGAAAAACGGAGAAAAAACCUUACAACUAACCUCAACAAAUUUUGUUUACAUGCGGUUGCCGGAUUUGCAACGCAUUGCGCGAAUUGCCAUGUCGCGUUGAACCCGAGAAGCAAAGUUUGAAGAAGUACAACGCCACUAUAUCAAUAUAUAUCAAUCUAAUUUUUUGUUAAGUUAUAUAAAAUUUAUCCCCCUUUAACAUGUGUAAAAAUUGAGGUUAAGAAGUGUUAAGCUUUUGCAAACGAAACGGCGAAAGACGAUUAGGUGAUAUUUAGUGGAAGGAGGAGGUAUUCAACACUUUCAAAUUAAACUCAAAUUUUGGCAUUAUAGCGGAGCUCCCGCGCGCGCAGCGGAGCACCAUGGGUAAGAAAAUUUGGUAAACCAUCCAUCCCAGAAAAUUUGGUUAUGACGUAGCGUACGCCCGUCCGUACACACACUUCAUGUAAGCCGAUGUCAAAUGUCACAAUAGAUCUUGCACAACUUGACUAGCCUCUUAGUUAUGUAAGCCAUCCGUAUGAGUACGAUUAGAUUGACAGCUGUCAAAAUCAGACAUCCGCUGACAAUUAUCACAUGACCGUCUCGCGGGCUCAGAUAUAAGACCAGUCGUUUUGCCCCUAUAUAUAAGCUGAUAUAAUAUGUCACACUUACCAAUUCAACAU